AUGAAUAUCAGUAGUAGCCGGGAUGACUACAAGUUCCUUCAAAUAGUAGAUGCCAGGGCUGCACUUGGCCAGAAAGUUAAUCUCAUCGGCGUCGUUAUCGAAACUGGUCUUCCCAAGCAAUCCAAGGGCACGGAUUGCUUUUGCUCCAUUAGGAUCAUUGAUGAGUCCUACCCAAGCCCAGGGAUUGCAGUUAAUUUUUUUGCCGAAACUAUGGAUAAGCUUCCUGAAGUGCUGACUGUUGGUGAUAUAAUUCAGAUCUCUCAAGUUGUGAUGAAAACUCAUGGACCUGAUAUUUAUGCUUUGUUCAACAAGAAGUUCUCUUCAUUUGCAAUAUUUGACGGAAAGAAUGAUUCAAAUUUCCUCCCUUAUCAAUGUUCUUCUAAGUAUCAUGCUAGAGAGCAAGACAAGAAAUUUAUACUGGGUUUGAUGAAGUGGUUGGUUGAUCACAAGAUUGAUACAGGUUUGACUGAUUUACAUUCGUUGAAAGAGAUUAGAGAAGGAGAACGUUUCAACUUGAUCUGCAAGAUUGUUCACGUAUGUGAAGUUGAAAAAAACAAGUGGAUGCUUCUCGUAUGGGAUGGCAUGGAUACUCCACCGGUCACUAUCAAAACAAAGCUAGAAGAAGAAAUGGAAAACCCACUUCCAUUGCAGCCUGUGGACUUCAUUUUGCAAAGAGAUGUUCUCUGUACCUUGCCACCUCUUGGAACUGUCUUGAGGGUAAUCGUUGAUCGUUGCAACGAGAAACUUGGCAUUAACUUCCUCAAGAGCAAUCGGUGGGUGAAACUAAUUAACAUUAGAUGUGAACUUCAUGCAGCAUUGUGGCAUGCUGUCCUAAUGCCCUUUACUAGGGUUUGCUACUUAUCUGACGAAGAUGACAUCGUUUUACAGCGCAUGAGCCAGUACGAUGAGCGUCGUAAAUCCAAAUGGGGAUGGAUGCCUUUGUCAAGCUUUCCUUGGUCAUCUGACAUAGCAGAGACCGACUACCCUAAUGUACCUUUUGUCUCCUUGAUGAGAGCUCUGGCGAAUCCAAAGGUCAUAGGUAAAUUCCACUGUGUAGUUCGAGUGGUAGCGGCAUUUCCUUGGCUAGCUGAAGAUUUCCGUUCCCCUUCUGGGGUUUAUAGGAUCAGGUUGACCCUAGAGGAUCCAACUGCAAGAAUCCAUGCAUAUCUGUAUAAAGAGGAUGCGGAACAGUUUUUUGACGGCUACCCCUCUGUUUAUACAUUAACAAAAAAGAGGAAUUUGUUGCUUGGAACUUCUGAAGGCGAUGAUGGUAGUGAAAUGAAUGAUCAUUUUAGAAAUCCACCCUGGAUCAGGUGUUGCUUAAAGUCUUACCAUAUCGACGACAGUGAUAGUUGGGGAAGUAGGAACUUUCGAAUUUUUGCUACCACUAUGAAAGUAUAG